CAUCAUAACCAGUCCGGAGGAGGGGAAAAAAAGAGCCAAGAAGGUCCUCAUGUUCGGGCCACCAACAGAGCCGCAAAAGCAAGACUUCUCUGCCGCAUCAGGACGGAAUUAAAGCGGGGAAAUGAUGGCCGCUUACCAGAACCCGGACGACGACUCGAUCUUGAUGAUCCACGACAGCAACACCGGCAAGGAGAAGGAAAUGCCCAAAGAGGAGCCGGUGCUGGACAAAGCGCCGGAAAAGCCGGAUCCUUCACAGAAGCCCCCGUACUCCUACGUGGCCCUCAUCGCCAUGGCGAUCCGCGAGAGCGCCGAGAAGCGGCUGACGUUGUCGGGCAUUUACCAGUACAUCAUCACCAAGUUCCCCUUCUACGAGAAGAACAAGAAGGGCUGGCAGAACAGCAUCCGACACAACCUGAGUCUCAACGAAUGUUUCAUCAAAGUUCCGCGGGAGGGCGGCGGGGAGCGGAAGGGGAAUUAUUGGACUCUGGACCCGGCGUGUGAGGACAUGUUCGAGAAGGGCAACUACCGGCGGCGCCGCCGCAUGAAGCGGCCGUUCCGACCCCCGCCGUCGCACUUCCAGCCGGGGAAGGCGCUAUUCGGAGGGGACGGGUACGGCUACCUCUCCCCGCCGAAGUACCUCCAGUCCAGCUUCAUGAACAACUCCUGGUCGCUCGGGCAGCCGCCCGCCCCGAUGUCGUACACUUCCUGUCAGGUGACCAACGCCAACGUCAGCCCCGUCAAGGCUCUGUCCGCCCCGGCGUCGUACAACCCGUACUCCCGCGUGCAGAGCAUGGCGCUGCCCGGCAUGGUGAACUCUUACAACGGCAUGAGCCACCACCACCAUCACCCGGCGCACCCGCACCCGCACCCGCACCACUCCCAGCAGCUGAGCCCGGCUACAGCGGCGCCUCCCCCGGUUACGAGCGGCAACGGAGCCGGCCUUCAGUUCGCGUGCUCGCGUCAGCCGGCGGAGCUGUCCAUGAUGCACUGCUCGUACUGGGAACACGAGAGCAAACACUCCGCCUUGCAUACGAGGAUUGAUAUUUAAAUGUCACCACUUUUAUUUUAUUUUAUUUUAUUUUUCGCCAGGACGCGCCAGGUUGAGACAUUUCUAGUUGGACUGGUUUGGACCUAAUUGUUUUGUGUAAAUGAAACUUUUUUUUUUUUUGUUAUUCCCACGGAUUAUUGUGACCAUAACUUUUUACGCACGCCUUGACCAAAUCUUUCAUUACAAAAUCAGGGUUUUUAAUGUGUUUUCAUAUUAAAAGUGAUAAGAUAAAAAAAAAUGCGCCAGGGCCAGGUUUUCGCAUGUUUAUUUUUGUUUGUUUGUUUGUUUAAUAAAAGUGAUAUAUUGUUACAUUCAUCUUGGGGAAAUGUUUAAAUUUAAUUAGCACUUUUAAAAAAAAAUCUUUUAUAGGUUUGUGAAUUUCUGAAUAAAAAAAUGCUAAAAUACA